AUGGGAAGCUUCUCGGUGAGCGCCUCCUCCUUUGCCCGGAUGUCCAAGGUCCUGCCUCCCAUCGUCUCCAAGGGCAUGAGUUUCAACCGGUCUGCGAUUGUUCCCGACCAGUCAGCUAAUCCUUUCCAUAUGUCUGGGGACGUGGAUUUCUUCUUGCUCAGAGACCAGGAGCGGAAUAAGUCUCUAUCAGAUCGGGAGCAGAAAAAGCAGCUGCGGGUGCACGAGAAGAUGACCUACUCGUCCAACGUGGCGGCCGAGCACACCAGCCUGCGGCGCGAGCUGCAGCUGGAGGACAAGGUGGCGGAGCAGGAGGCGCGCGCAGAGCAGCUACGCAUCUUCCAGGAGCAAACGGCCUGGAAGCUCUCCAUGACCCGAGAAAGGAAGAUGGAACCUGAUAACAUAAAGAGCUACAUCGACCAGAAGCGGGAAAUGUUCCUCAUCCAGUACGCCCUGGAUGUGAAGCGAAACGAGAUCCAGCGGCUGGAGAGGCUGGCGGCCAAGGAGGAGGCCGAGGUGGAGCAGGCGGAGAAGUUUCUGGAGAACGACGCUGUUCUAUUUGACGAGUUUCUCAGGGAAAACAACCGCAGCUCCGUGCAGGCCCUGAGAGUGGCUGAGAAGGAGUCCAAAGCGAAGAUGGAGAAGAUCCUCGAGAUCCGUGAUCUGACCACCCAGAUCACGAGCAUCAAGAGUGAAAUCUCCAAAUUUGAAGACACUCUGCAGAAUUACAAGGUCUACAAGGAUUUCCUGUACAAGCUGUCGCCCAAGGAGUGGCUGGAGGAACAGGAGAGAAAGCGCUUGGCUCUCUCAAGGACCAAGGAGGCGGUCGAGGCCUCUGAGGAGAACAUGCUGUUCUCUACACUCGGGGACAAAGGAGCAGAGAUCAAGGGCCAGACGGGUCUCAGAGAGGAGCAGGGUCCAAAGAAGCCCACCAAGCUCCUGCAGGUGACACAGCUAAGGCAGGUCCCGUCCGGCACUGUCAACCACCAGGAGGGCACCCAGCCCAGUGUGCCUGGCAAGCUGGACCCCAGAAGGGCCCGUUCUACCCUCUCCGUGCAGGAGGACCCUGAUGGCGACGGGGAGCAGGAGCUGGAGCUGUACUUCACGGAGCCCCAGCAGCUCCUGGAUGUCUUUGUGAAGCUGGAAGAGCAGAACCUCUCACUGGUCCAGAACACCCAGGAGAUGGAGGAGGCCUUGGAGGAGCUGAGCUUCACCCUGAAAAACACCCAGAUGCGCAUGGACCGGGAGGUCAGCCAGCUGAAGCAGUGGAUCGACACGCUGAUGACGUCCAUCGCCAAGGAGGAGGAGAUCGCCGCGGAGCUGGAGCUCAAAGCUCGCAUCUUCCAUUUUGGCGAGUAUAAGGGUGAUCAGGAGAACCAGCUGCUGGAGAGUCUGAACCACAAGGUGCUGGACGUGUACCGGCAGUGUGUGGGCAGCCAGCAGGAGUCCAGCCUGGGCACCGUGAAGAUGCUGGCCACCAUCGAGCACCGGCUGGGCGAGCUGCUCGAGAACCUGGAGGGGGUGCCCCAGGUGAGGGUCGAGCAGGCCGAGAAAGCCAAGGAGAAGGAGCGCUGUUUGAGACUCCGGGAAGAGAAGCUAAGGCUGCAGAGGCAGCUCCAGGAGGAGCGUGUGCGGCGGGCCCAGGCUCGGGCCCAGGCCGAGGUCAGGAAGAAGAGGGGCAGGAGGCUGGUGUGCCGCUCGCGGCCGCCCGCCGCGCACAGCCAGCACGAGUCCAGGCGCGAGCUGGCGGACGAGGACGAGGCGGAGCAGCUGUUUUUCUUCACGUAG